GCCAGUCAUUUUUUGCCAUUGGCGAGGAGAAGUUGUGUGAGAACGUUGUACAACGAAUUUUUUGAUAUUCGUUUCUUUUUUAUUAUUAUUUUCAGUCUGUUUGGAAUUUUGAUGAUAAUUUUCGGUGAAUUGUGACAAACAAGUCGAUUUAUAGUAAAUAUAUAUAGAAACCGGGUGCUGACAACCGAUUUUUUUCAAACAUUAUCCCAAUUAAAUAAAUAUACAAAACGAAAACUCAAAUAAAUAUAUCUAUAUCAAAUUAUUAUUGUUAAGCACGCUUCGAAGAUAAAUUCAUAAAACUAAAAAUAAAUGUGCACCUUUAAUUUAGUUGUGAUAACAAAAAGAACAUCAGUCCGGACAGAUAUCAGACGGUGUAUGCAGACGGUAUUGCGAUACAGACGGGGAGAAAACCCAAAUAGAUAAAAAUAUUUCAUAUAUAUCCAUAGUACAGACAUAGUGCAUAGACACAGUAACUGGAUACUUGCCGAAAUUUCGAUUAGAAAGGCAAUCGGUGUUAUUGUUGGUGGUGUGAUGAAUCUUUUUUGUCAAAAGCUCCUUUAAAUGGAAUCAGAUUCAAAGAACCUGUUACGUUUAUUGUGUCAUAAUUUUUGUUAAACCUAAGCAAAACCAAGCGAUUUCAGUUUGAGCGCAGAAAACAUUCAUAGCAACAAAGGAUUUCCGGAAGAAAAAAAUCCCUAUUUGCCAUCAAUACUGAACUCGAUUAAAAAUAACAAGCCUGUAUCUAUGCGCGUGUAUGGUGCAUCUGGCUUACUCUUCGCUUGUUUGUUUGCUCGCUCACAAUGACAACAACAAAAUUAUGUCACAUGCAUUUUACGAGCACCUCAGUUGAAAGCACUGCGGUUGGCAAUUGGUUGCUUAAUAAAUUCACCGAAAUAUUUGCGUUUUCAUUUGCGUGUAAAACAGUACAACUUUGUGCUUUUAUCGAUGAUCUCAUUAAAAUCUGGUCGCAUGCCGUACACCAGACUAUCACCGUUUAAUUUAGCUUAGUAAUUCAGAUUUCCGAGUGGAAAUAAUACAUUUUCCACUGUACGAAGUGAAAAUGAAAGUGAUUAGCUUGAAAGGAGCAAAGACCGCUGAAAAUCGAUUGAACUAGUUUCACAACGAAUGCGACCGACUGCAUUGCCUCACAUUCGACGGACGAACGGAGCGAACGAGCGAAUGGAUUGUUCUAUUGAGCUUCAAAUACACAUUGUUGUUUGUAUGUGCAUACCGACACAUGAAAAUGUUACACUACGCAUGUGUCCAAUGAAAUUUCCCUUACAUUUUUCCAUCUAAAUGGCAAUUUCAUUUAUUUUCGGCCCGAAAACAUUCACUGCAACCGUAUGUGAUGAUGAAUGCUUUAUUUAAUCGGUCAACAAACUAUGCACGAGAACAUCGCAUUAAGUUAAGAGUGUGAGUGUGUCGCUUUGAUUUUAACGAAUACGACAGAAGAAAAAAAAAUCAGACACACACACACACACACACACACACACACACACACACACACACAACAUAUUUGCUUGGUGUUUCAUUAAUGCCCAAAAUCCACCACGAACACAGUUGUUGUUAGCGCAUAUUGUUGGGCUGCUUCGUCAGGAAAUCAGUGUGAUUUUGCACAGUUAAGCCGAGUAUCAAAAGUAUUUAAUCGCUGGAUCCGUUGUAUCGCAUCAAAAGUCAGUAUAAUUGAUUCAAAAUGAGUCCCGAAGAUGAUCAUCUGCAGGGUGAGCAACAGACUAACAAAAGUGAUGGACUAAAUAAAGAUGAGCAUUGGUCAAGCGCUAAGCAUACAUCUCCAAAGAAUGGUGUUAUGAGUUCCAUUGGGAACAGUGGAUAUAUCAACAGUAAUGCCAUGUUGAAACAGAGCAGCGGCGAUUCGCACACAUGGCUGCCACUUCUAAACCAUCAUCAUGCCAACGAUAUCCCAGCUACCAAUAACAACAAAUGGCCGGUGCUAACCUCGCCAAAUAACCUAUCCAAUUCGAAAUACGUCUGGAGAGAACUUCCUCAGGAUGACGAUUCAAUGGGACUGUACAAACCAAAUCUGAAUACAGCCAAUGUCUUAUCGAAUGGAAAUGGUUUGAAUGGCAAAAGUGAACACGAAUCGUUAACAGGUGUUGUACGACAUUCGCUCAACGAUUAUUCGAAUGACGACUACUGCGAGCGCUCUGAUUGUGGCAUUGGAAUCUGCAAACCAAGAUGGGCGCGAAUGUUUGCAUCCACUCAUGUAUUUAUGGUGGUAUUUUUGCUCGCAUGGAUUCUACAGGGAAUGUAUUUUACAUAUUUCGUUAGUGUCAUCACAACUAUUGAGAAAUUGUUUCAAAUCAAAUCAAAAACAACUGGUCUGCUAAUGAGUGCUACUGAAUUUGGACAGAUCUGCACGUCGCUGUUUCUGACGUAUUUUGCAGGUCGAGGACAUCGCCCUCGUUGGAUUGCGUGCGGAAUGAUCGUUUUUGCGUUGGCAACAUUCGGCUGUACACUGCCACACUUUAUUUAUGGAAAUGAUCUGUUACAUUCAACCAAUGCAUUCUACGGUGGUCAUACAAACAACGCACCAACUGCCAUAUCUACCUCAAUUUCAACACUAAACUCUUCCGCUGAUGAUGCAUACAUCCUAUCAUCAUCACACUCGAAUCUAUGCCACAAUCAUAACUCGAACCACACCGAUAGUAAUGUUUGCGAGGAAAAAACAUUGCUGGAGCAGGAAGCACAUUCGCAAAUUCGAAAUGUUAUUUUAGGCAUUUUUUUCAUGUCGUUGUUGUUUGUCGGCAUCGGACAAACCGCUGUGUCAACACUCGGCAUUCCAUACAUCGAUGACAAUGUGGCAAGCAAAGAAUCAGCUGUUUACAUAGCCAUAACCAUCGGUGUUCGAAUUUUGGGUCCUGCGGCUGGUUUUAUAUUGGGAUCAUUCUGUACCAGACUUUAUGUUGAUCUCAGUGAUCCCGGUUUUGGGCCGUCUGAUCCAAAAUGGGUCGGUGCCUGGUAUCUUGGUUUGGUCAUGAUUUCGUCAUUAAUGAUCAUCACAUCGUUGGCAAUGCUCGCAUUUCCGAAGCAAUUGAGGGGUAACCGGAUCCCUGCACCACACCAAGUCGAAUCAAUUGACGCACAUAAAACUGUACCGAAAUUGGAGCAGCCAGAAGAAGAGUCAAAACCCCAGUUAAAAGAUUUCCCAAAGACGAUUAAACGACACUUGAAAAACGAUAUCCUCAUGUUUCGUACUGCUUCUUCAGUGUUGCACUUACUUCCAAUCGCUGGGCUUUAUACAUUUUUACCAAAAUACUUAGAAUCUCAAUUUCAUUUACCCGCUCACGACGCAAAUUUGAUCACUGGCUUGGGUGGCAUUUUAGUAAUGGGAAUCGGUAUUGUUGUAUCUGGAUUUGUUUUACUGAAAUUUAGCCCAACUGCAAGGUCAGUGGCGGCUUGGAUUGCAUUCACCGCAUUGAUGUAUUCGCUUGGCAUGGCUGUUCUUAUGUUCAUUGGAUGCUCUCUGGACAAUUUUGUUGGAUUAAAUAAUGUCAAGACCGAUCAAUACACUGACUUAAAUUUUACAACCGUUUCCUACGAUUUAACGUGCAACCAAAAUUGUGAAUGUGAUAGGAAUAAGUUUUCACCGAUCUGCGGUUCAGAUGGGUUAACGUAUUAUUCAUCAUGUUAUGCGGGUUGUCGUAAUUCGAACAACGAAAAUGGCAAAACACAGUUCUUCAAUUGUGACUGCAUUGAAAAUACUGAAAGCGCACUAGAUAAAGUGGAAGCCAUCAGUGGUUUUUGCGAUGGGAACUGCCAGAAUUUCUUCUAUUUCAUAAUACUGUUCUCGUUUUUGGUGUUUAUCCACUCGACCUCGGAAGUUGGCAGUAUGUUAUUGAUUAUGCGAUGUACCGAUCCAAAAGAUAAGGCAAUGGCAAUGGGCAUCAUUCAAUUUGCUAUCAGUUUGUUUGGCAAUGUUCCGUGUCCGAUUAUUUAUGGUGCUGUUAUCGAUUCGACAUGUUUAAUUUGGGAAACUAUUUGUGAUAAGCAGGGUGCGUGUUCAUUAUACGAUCCCGAUGCUUUCCGCCAUUUCUUUUUAGGUACUACAUCUGGAAUAAUGUUCUUGGCAUUUAUAAUGGAUGUAGUCGUAUGGCACAAAGCUAAUCGAAUUGAUAUCGAUCCGGAGUCAAAACCAAAAACAGAUGAAUACUCGAAAGAGAAGCCAACUAUAACACCUGAGUCAACGGUAUAAACAGAAACUUCACAUUCGCAUUUGGUGAACAAUUUGAGAGCGCCCAACUUUUAGCCGAUUCAAUUAAAAAUGCCCUGAACCAAUGGCAUAGUUUAUUUGGGUUUACGGGCCGUUUUCAAACAAAAACAUAGACGAAUUAUUUUAGCUGUGGUAAUAUUUUUAACAUGAAAAAAAGAAAAAUGUUUAGAUCUUAGUUUUUUUUUUUAGCAUUUUAUUGAGAAAAAAAAAGUUGUUAUAUUAAUUUACAUCAUGGAACGAAAGAAAAUAUCUAUCGAAGUUAUGUCGAUUGAGAUACAAAAACAAAAAUAUGAUUGCCGAAUGCAUGUAUUUGUAAUGGCAGAGAGAGACCUAUGAAAAAAGAGACAAUUUAUUGUAUUAUAUUAUUAAAUUGCUACAUUUUAUUGGAUUUUAGAGAGAGAAAAAUUUAUGUAAAGUAUUUCAAAAGAAAGAAAGAAAGAAAAAACAAACACACACACAUUUACACCAUAUUUUUAAUCAAUCAAGAAGAACAUUCUAUUUUUUAUUUUAUUAAGUGAAAUUAAAUCAAAUAAAUUAAAAUCAAUACUGCUGACGAAGUCAGAGAGAGACGA